ACAAACUUACGCGUACGGCUUGCCAACACUUGUUGCCUGAAGGCUCGACUUUGGUAUGAUCUGGUGACAUGAGUUUAUUUUUAAUUCUCAGGUUGAAUCAUGUGGAUUUACAGCUUGUGAACUGUCCACAGAAGGCAUAUUCUGCGGCAUAUGCUUGUCUGGACUCGACUCAGAAUUAUCCAAACUUCCAAUUACCAGUGAAGUCUGCAGCUUGCAGCCGGCAUAUCGGGGACCCUGCGGAACAGUGAACCAAACGUAUCACAUAACUUAGCUUUUCAUCUGUGUGUGAAGAAUGUCUAACAUCCCGUACCAAUCGAGGACGGUACAGUCCGUCGUACAAGACUUCAAGACAAACAGUGAACUCUCCGAUCACUCGCUGCACCCUUUCUCCACCUCCCCAGAACCAACGUUAUCUUCACUACAAACUAUAUUGAAUACUACUACAGCCAUUGCCGAGAGUCUCAAUGGAUUCCUCACAUUGCCUCUUGCAGAUACGAAACUGCUCAGCUCGUUUAGAGAAUACUCCUCGAUUGCUCACAAGGUGUCCACGUCUGAACAAAACAUGCGUCAGACCAUGAUCGAACUGCGUAAACGAACUGGUAUCAACUAUGGGGAAGAUAUACCUCUGGAACGUGCUCUCAUAAUCCACUGGUGCGUCUCACAAGUAGAACAAUGGGCGACCUUAGCAGGGAUGGAGACAUUCCGGGAAGAAGAACGCGAGGGACACAUGGUCGUCGUUCUCGGAGGCAAAAUCCUUGUCGUCGAUAUCGAUUUCUCCAUUGAUCGUUCGAAUCCUUUGAGCCCUAUCCUUGGGAUAAUUUCAGUCAAGACAUCUUAUGCCGUACCUAACGGUACCGCAAGCUCUACGACAGACGGGUCUAUCUCGCUUGAUGGGUUUUUAGCCGAAUAUUUGGGUACGUAUGUGCGGGAAGUUCAGAAGGAAGAAGAAGACCAGGAUACGAUGGAGGCCGCGAGGUUAGGUUCGUUGAUUGCGGAACACAUGAAGUAUCUUAUGAAGUUGGACCAGUUGGCCGCAAGGGAAGGUGACAGUGGUCUUCAUUGGUUCAAUGGCAUAGACCGGUUAGCUGCAGACGUCCUUGAACCGCUCGCGGUAAAGGAGGCUGCUAAGGUUGCCUCGGACCUUUCCUCGACAACAGUGCCGCUGGACAUUUUCCUCAUGCGUGCUCACGCGCUUCCCUUACCCUACCUUACCUCCCCGACCAUCUCGUUUCUAGUUCACCUGUCGCCUCUCUCUUAUCUUUCCCUUCUUCGGACACCUAUCACAAACCGAGAUGUUUCUCCGAGGACCACAUUACCGCCACUCGAUAUACCAUUCCCUAUCAUACGGUCUCAAGCCACCUCGCAUCCUCGUCCGCCAGGUACAACUAGCGCCACCUUAGUCCUCGCCACCACCCCUUCUCCGUUGCUUCCGCUCGACCCAACUAUGCAAGCUUUACAAGGGAGGCCAAGCUUCCCUCUAGAGCCAGAGGGAGCGAAGUUCGAUUCAAUACUCCCAGAGGUCGCUGAACCAAUCGAUUCUCCAGAGUUUGGUAAGACCAAUAGGUGGUACCUGGACUUCACUGAAGGAGGGAAGUAUCGUGGAGUUGUCAUGAGUCAAUCGAGGAUGAGGGAUAUUGAGCAUCUUGUCAAUCCUUUGGGCACUCUGGAUGACAUUGAGCCUGUGUCCGUCAUGCCAGUCGGGUUGGGGAGUUGGGUUGACCUCAUCGUGAAUCCGGACGAUGGAAUAUCUCCAGGUCGUUAUACUAGCCUUUACACUUCUCCUACAUCGUCGCAUCCACCUUUAUUAUUACGGCUGACAGUGCCAGAUGAACCUGGCUUCCUUCUGGAACGAAUUCCAGCGCAAAGCAUCAAGCAAGUUUGGGGUAUUCUAGAGAUUGUCAAAGAGCAAUGCUGGCUGAACGAAAUAUUACGAGGGUACCACUGGGCAGCUGAAGGUUUUAAUAUAGAUCAACCAGACGAGUCUGAGGACGUCGAAGCUACUGAAGAAGAUCUCGAAGCUGUGUUUAAAGGGACAAUUACACCCCGCCGAAUCCCAGUAAACGUUUAUAUCACCACAGACCUUCCUGCGAUCAUGGAUGACGCGAGCUUUAAUACACCGCGCCGCAGCAAGAUAGUCAUGACCUCACCCGAACGGCCACCUAUCACAGGAUUGGUUGAGACGUCCGUGACGUAUGACCCUAGUCGACCUCGAGGGAUAGCUGUGAAUAUUAGUGGAGCUAUGGGUGCUGACCUCAGUAUGGAUGUACUCGAGGAAGCGUGCAGGCGGGGUGGGUUAUUUGGGUUGCCUGGGAGAAUUUGGGUGAAGGCGCACGGGUACUCGUAAUAUACCGUUAUUUUUUUCGAAGACUUUUCAGUGGCGAUACAAUUUGACUUGCGUCUGUCAGUUCAUUCACUCCAUAAUACUCUUCAUAAUGCUAUGAGCAGAGUCAGCUUCACUGCU